UCAUCAUAGGUAUUAUAACAUGUUACUACUCAGUAGUCCAUACUCAUGUCUCAUAUUAAGUCAUAGCUUAUGGCUUUAUUACUAUGUUAUUUACGCGAUAAACGAUUAAUAUUAAAUAUGCAUAUUUAUCACAGUAAUAAUGUUUAAUUAUUAUUAUAUAUUAUAUUAAUAUAUUAAAUAUUAACUUAAUAAUCAUAAUAAUAGUACUGUAAUAUAAUAGAGACUCACCAAAUCAACUGACGAUUUUGUUGAUUUGUUCAUUCAUCACAUACCGCAUAUGUCGCCUUCGCGACUGAGUUUUCCUACUUCGGCUACUUCCUUUUCACCGUGUUUUUAAUUAAUGGUUAUAAUUUUUCAUUGAAAUUUCAAUGUAUCCGUCUAAUGGUGUUUGCUGUGGUUAUUUUAUUUGUCUGUCUGGCAUAUGGGAACUCAGCCAGGUUUCAGGACACUAAUAUUCACUCCGAAGACUUAUCAAAAGCAGUCAAUGACUAUUUUCUUUGCCGGCAUUGUGGUACCGAUAUUUCACCAUUAUCAUCACUUAUAUCUAUUGACAGUCCAGCUGCUUCAAAUAGCCGUGUAUCUCAAUUAUUCGGUCUAAAAAAUGUUAAAGUCCAAACUGUAAAGAACUCACUGCACUCUCAAUUUGAAAUUCUUACGCUAUCUAAAACUUUGUGUGUUGGAAAAGGCAAUUGGCAGACUGAAGAUUCAUGGUUUCCUGGUUACGUUUGGAAAGUUUGUGUAUGUGCUAAAUGUGGACGUCAUAUUGGAUGGAUGUUUGAACCUUUACAUUUGGCUACAAGUGAUAAAAUAUAUCCAUCAAAAGAAGGGUUUUAUGUUGUCAUCAUCUCAAGUAUUAUUAAUGAACUACAUGCUGAUUCAUUGAUUGUGGUGCCAAAACAUUUUUCUACUAUUGAAGAGAUCUCAGAUUAAAAAUGACAUCUCCAAGUAAUCAAAAAUCAUUUGAUAUCAAACAUGAAAUAGUUAUUAAAGACAAUAUUACUACAAUUAAAAUCCUUGAAAUAUGUGGCGAUGAACCACCAACAGAGGAUCAGAAAGAAAAGUUAUUGCAAUUUGAGAAGGAGUUUAUCAGUCGAUAUACAGAUGAUGAUGAAGAUUAUGUUGCUAUGGUAAAACUUGGGUCUACAACUCCUCCAUUAGUUCCUUCUUAUAGACCAUUCUGGAAUCGUAGAAGAGAAAAUAAAAGAAAAUGGGAAGACACAAAUGAUAGACAUUCACAUUAUUCUCAUCAUAAAAAUCCAAAUUAUGGUUACAAUAAUGAUUUUAGAAGAUAAGAUAAUUUCUUUGCAGUAUAUAUGUGUGAAUUGUAUUAUUCAGGGAUUCUGAUUUGUAUAAUAAUUUACUCUUUAAAAUUAAAACAUUAAAAAAAAUCCAUUAUAAUAAUUAUUUCCUUUUAAAAAAUAAACAUUUUGAGAUUUUAAUAAAUAAAUAUAAUAAUAUAAUUAUUUAUUUGAUCAAGAUAAAUUAUUUAAGACUAAAAUGAUUUCAUAUUAUGUUACUAAUAGGUAGGAGUACUACCUUGAAUACAUGCAAUGUAUGAUUGUCUAUUAGUGACUCUCAUUGUAAUUGAUUUUUUAUUUAAUAAAAAGCAUUGAACUGCAUAAAUGCAUAAUA